UGAAUUUACCAGAUGCUGACCUCAAAGCCCCUAAACUAGAUGUGAAUGCUCCAGAUUUCGACAUCAAUGCACCCUCAGGGAAAUUCAAGAUGCCUAAAUUUGGGCUGUCUGGUACAAUGCCAAAAUCUCCCAAAUUAAAUCUUAAAGCUCCAAAGAUAAAGGGGGGAAUUGAUUUUCCAGACCUGAAUUUACCAGAUGCUGACCUCAAAGCCCCUAAACUAGAUGUGAAUGCUCCAGAUCUCGACAUCAAUGCACCCUCAGGGAAAUUCAAGAUGCCUAAAUUUGGGCUGUCUGGUACAAUGCCAAAAUCUCCCAAAUUAAAUCUUAAAGCUCCAAAGAUGAAGGGGGGAAUUGAUUUUCCAGACCUGAAUUUCCCAGAUGCUGACCUCAAAGCCCCUAAACUAGAUGUGAAUGCUCCAGAUCUCAACAUCAAUGCACCCUCAGGGAUAUUCAAGAUGCCUAAAUUUGGGCUGUCUGGUACAAUGCCAAAAUCUCCCAAAUUAAAUCUUAAAGCUCCAAAGAUGAAGGGGGGAAUUGAUUUUCCAGACCUGAAUUUACCAGAUGCUGACCUCAAAGCCCCUAAACUAGAUGUGAAUGCUCCAGAUUUCGACAUCAAUGCACCCUCAGGGAAAUUCAAGAUGCCUAAAUUUGGGCUGUCUGGUACAAUGCCAAAAUCUCCCAAAUUAAAUCUUAAAGCUCCAAAAAUGAAGGGGGGAAUUGAUUUUCCAGACCUGAAUUUACCAGAUGCUGACCUCAAAGCCCCUAAACUAGAUGUGAAUGCUCCAGAUUUCGACAUCAAUGCACCCUCAGGGAAAUUCAAGAUGCCUAAAUUUGGGCUGUCUGGUACAAUGCCAAAAUCUCCCAAAUUAAAUCUUAAAGCUCCAAAGAUAAAGGGGGGAAUUGAUUUUCCAGACCUGAAUUUACCAGAUGCUGACCUCAAAGCCCCUAAACUAGAUGUGAAUGCUCCAGAUCUCGACAUCAAUGCACCCUCAGGGAAAUUCAAGAUGCCUAAAUUUGGGCUGUCUGGUACAAUGCCAAAAUCUCCCAAAUUAAAUCUUAAAGCUCCAAAGAUAAAGGGGGGAAUUGAUUUUCCAGACCUGAAUUUCCCAGAUGCUGACCUCAAAGCCCCUAAACUAGAUGUGAAUGCUCCAGAUCUCAACAUCAAUGCACCCUCAGGGAUAUUCAAGAUGCCUAAAUUUGGGCUGUCUGGUACAAUGCCAAAAUCUCCCAAAUUAAAUCUUAAAGCUCCAAAGAUGAAGGGGGGAAUUGAUUUUCCAGACCUGAAUUUACCAGAUGCUGACCUCAAAGCCCCUAAACUAGAUGUGAAUGCUCCAGAUUUCGACAUCAAUGCACCCUCAGGGAAAUUCAAGAUGCCUAAAUUUGGGCUGUCUGGUACAAUGCCAAAAUCUCCCAAAUUAAAUCUUAAAGCUCCAAAAAUGAAGGGGGGAAUUGAUUUUCCAGACCUGAAUUUCCCAGAUGCUGACCUCAAAGCCCCUAAACUAGAUGUGAAUGCUCCAGAUUUCGACAUCAAUGCACCCUCGGGGAAAUUCAAGAUGCCUAAAUUUGGGCUGUCUGGUACAAUGCCAAAAUCUCCCAAAUUAAAUCUUAAAGCUCCAAAGAUGAAGGGGGGAAUUGAUUUUCCAGACCUGAAUUUACCAGAUGCUGACCUCAAAGCCCCUAAACUAGAUGUGAAUGCUCCAGAUCUCAACAUCAAUGCACCCUCAGGGAAAUUCAAGAUGCCUAAAUUUGGGCUGUCUGGUACAAUGCCAAAAUCUCCCAAAUUAAAUCUUAAAGCUCCAAAGAUGAAGGGGGGAAUUGAUUUCCCAGGCCUGAAUUUACCAGAUGCUGACCUCAAAGCCCCUAAACUAGAUGUGAAUGCUCCAGAUCUCGACAUCAAUGCACCCUCAGGGAAAUUCAAGGUGCCUAAAUUCAGAGGCCUAAAGGGACCAGAUGUUGACAUUAAUGGCGCUAUAGAGGGACCAGAUGUGAACUUGUCAUCUCCCAAAUUUAAGGGUCCCAAAGCAGACCUAAACCUUCCAGACACUGAUAUUGACAGUCCAUCAGGAAAACUCAAAAUGCCAACUUUCAAGAUGCCAGAUUUAGGAUUCUCUGGACCAAAAAUGAAGGGGCCUGACUUAAAUCUUUCAGCCCCCAAGUUUAAAGGGGGAAUAAGUCCCCCAGAUUUGGAUCUGCCACAUGUAGAUCUCAAAGGCCCCAAAUUAGACCUCAAUGCACCAGAUGUAAACUUUAAUAUGCCCUCAGGUAAAGUCAAUGUACCUACAUUGAAGAAACCAAAGGUUGAUCUGAAUGCUCCUGAUCUGGACAUUAACGGCCCCUCUGGUAAACUGAAAAUGCCCAAAGUUGGGCUGUCUGGUAAAAUGCCAAAAUCCACAAAACUGAAUUUCAAAGCCCCAAAGAUAAAGGGGGGAAUUGGUUCCCCAGACAUGCAUUUACCAGAUGCUGACCUCAAAGCCCCUAAACUAGAUGUGAAUCCCCCAGAUCUUGACAUAAAUGCAUCUUCUGGGAAAUUAAAAAUGCCCAAAUUUAAAAUGCCUAAAUUCAGGGGCCUAAAGAGACCAGAUGUUGACAUUGAUGGAGACUUAGAGGGCCCAGAUAUUGAUAUCAAUACCCCCACAGCUAACCUCAAAGGUCCCAAAACAGGUCUAAAAAUGCCUGAUUUGAAAAUGCCUGAUUUUGGACUAUCUGGCCCAAAUGUAGUUUAUGAUUUACCCAAUAUUGACCUCUCAGCACCAAAGCUAAAAGGGGGAAUCAGUCCCCCAGAUUUGAGACUACCUAAGGGUCAUAUCAGAGGGCCCAAACUAGACCUCAAUGCUCCAGAUAUGCCCUCAGGUAGAUUCAGAGUUCCAACCAUAGAGAGGCCAAAUGAUAGCAUCAAAGCCCCUGAUUUGGACAUCAACACUCCUUCAUUCAAAAUGCCCAAAAUGCCUAAAUUUGUGUUGUCUAGUCCAAAAAGACCAGAUCAUGACAUCAGUGCUGACAUAGGUUUUAAAUUGUCAAAUAUGAAAGGUGGAAUUGGUUCACGACACCUGGACCUACCUACAGUUGACCUAGACGCCCCUAAGAUAGAUGUAGACACUCCAGAUAUGAACAUUGAUUCACCCUCUGGGAAAUUCAAAAUGCCCCACGUCAAAAUGCCUAAAUUCGGCCUUUCUGGCUUGAAAGGUCCAGAUCCUGGAAUAGAUGGAGACAUUGAUGGACCGGACCUGAGUUUGUCAGCCCCGAAAGUAAACACAGGGAUCGGUAGUCCAGAUUUAGACAUAAAUGUUCCCUCUGGUAAUCUCAAAGGCCCCCAAGCUGAUCUCAAUUUGCCAGACAGUGACAUUGCUAUACAAUCUGAAAAAUUCAAACUGCCAUCCUUUAAAUUGCCUCAGUUUGGAAGUCCCAAUCUAAGGGCAGGUACACAUAUGGACUUUAUGAAAACAAAUGACAUUUCUCCUCCAAAGGUUAAAGUGAAUCUAAAAGCGCCAGACUUGAAAGUUAGUCACCCAGAUGUCAGCCUGAGCAUACCCAAAGCUGAUACCAGAAGCCCAGAAUACAAAGUGGCAUCUCAUAGUAAACGCAGAUCUGAUAUCCCAGGUGGAGCACAUAUAAAAGUGCAAGCAGAAGACAUAGAUACAGAAGUGACACUGCCACACACUGAUAGGAAGUCUAGGAAGGUCAAAGGAAGGGCCAGUUAUCCCAUUGCAGAUAUUGAUUUGCCAAAAGUUGAGUAUGAAGCGUCUGGUUUGGAACUGAGAGGUUCAGACCUUCAUGAUCCCACAGGGAAAUUAAAAAUGCCCAAAUCCAAGACUUCUAAAUUGGGUAGUCAUACAAGAAUACCAGACCUUGAUAUAGACUCAAGUCCUGCCAGUAUUAACGCCUCAGUUCCUAAACUCCCACCCCCAGGGUAUGGAGUAGAGGUUUCACAGCCAGAUUUAAAUUUGAGUAGAACUGACCUCAAGGGCAAUAAACAUCAUAGGAAAGCCCCAGCUGGUGAAACUGGCAGAACAAAAAGGAGUCCAAAACAGUCUGAAAUUGGAACUUCCAUGCCAAAUUUUACUCAUGGUUCAAACCCCAAAAUGUCUGAAGAUCAAGAAGGAUAUUUUGUCACUGUAUUUCCCAAACAUCUCAAAGGGGAUGUACCAGACGGAACUGGGAGCCUGAAAAAUCAUCACAAGGAAGAGUCAAACCGUAGAUCUCAUACACUCAGAAGUCUCGACUUCAGUGCAUCAAAUGUGGACCUUGAAGUUCCAGAAGAUGAGAACUUAAAAGGGUCAACAUUCUGGCUUUCAAAGCUUAUAUAGCAUUCAGACAACUGACUAAAUGUCCUUUUAGGUUGGUUUGAAUCACAAUCUUCUGUUGAAACAUAAUGCAGAAAAUGUCUGUUACAUAUAAAACAAGCAUCAGAUUAUUUGCACUUAUUUGUACAUUUUUUAAUGUAAAUUCAUUGGUAUUUGUUGUGAAAAUGUUGAAAAUGAAUGUGUAAAGCUUUCUUUUGUCAAGUGAUUAAAAAAAUGUAUGAAAGGUUUGUUAUGUUCUGCUGAUAAGCUAUUCGAAUGGUAGUUUUACUCUACACUUGCUGCAUUGUAAUAAAAUUACAUUUAGUAACUUUUAUAAA